AUGUGCUUUGCUUCCCUACAGGACUCAGUUACUGCACUUGUCACCUCCUUCAACUCAUCUUUCUCUUCCAUGAUGAGCAGACCAGCUCUGCUGCACACCUGCAUGGCUUUCUUCAGCUUUCUCCUCCUCACCUUGGCCACAGAGUGUCUAGCUUUCCCAAAGGUGGAAAGGAGGGAGGUGACACAGGCUUAUGAGGAGAAAGAGCAGUCCCGGAAGAUGAGCACAGAUGACAAGGAAAACGUCUCCUUUGCUGCCAAGUCCAUGCCCCAGCAGAUGUUCUCUGAUACUCCAAUGGUUCUGUCUGCAGGACCUACAGUGACACCAUUAAGUAAAAUAUUCUCUGUCAGUGAAAAAACCCACCUUCCAGGAGCUGGGCUUCUGCAUCCUACCAGCCCUGAUCUUCUCUCUUCCAGUGAGCCAGUGGCCUCAGCCAGUGAACAAGAGCAUGGUCCCAGCCAGCUCAAAAGAGUGUCUCCUGAACAGGGACUUUACAAAGCCACGUUACCCAUUGCUGCCUCUUCACCUGCAUCCUUGAGUCCUGACCAGGAGGGAGCCUACAGCAAUUCUAGCACCCAGCCCCUUGUAGACAGGAUCACAGAUGGAGCACACAGCUUCCUGAGGUAUGUGGACAGUCAGUUGUUUUCAACUGAAAGUCAGGAAGCAGCUAGUUUGGAAAAUUCACCUUCUUCUUAUAUAGAGACCAAAGAAAUGCCAUCCACCAAUCCAAGAACUGAGCAAGUUAGAGCAGAUGCAGCCAAGAGCAGGACUGCCUUUCCUGGGAUUGAUUCCACAAAAGACACAGAGCCUGAUGGGGAGAGGACCUCACAUAUGCCAGCAGAUGAUGCCCAGAGCACUCCCACCAUACACUUGGUGGCAACCUAUCAGAAUGUCUUCAAUAUUGAGUCAACAGCUGACAGUCUUCCGGGGUACCCUAAGGGCACAGUGAGUGUCAGCAGAGCUGCCCCAGUUUUUUCUGACCUGAGUAAUGAGUGGGAUGAUACCAAAUUUGAGAGUGUAAGUCAGAUGAGGCCCCCAGAGCCAGGAGACAAUGCAGAGACUCGAGUGAGAACAGAGCCACCAUAUAGGACAUUUGUGAGCUUUGAGGGGACUGAGAGGAGCCCCACUUCUAUGGAGGUCACAAAGAUUGCUGCAGAGCUGCCAGGAGGAGAGACGCCCUUGGCAACAGCCUCAAUGAUUGCACUUGAGGGUGAGAGGUCACCGGUCUUUAUCCAUCAGAUCCCCUUCACUCCCAUGAGGCUGACAGAAGACUCUGAAGUUUCCACUGUGAAUCUGUUCCCAGGUACAGGAGGCUUCAUAGCGUCCACCCAGGAGGACAGGACCAUGUUUUCCCCAGAGACUGCAGUUUCUGCCUCUCAGUAUCAGUCUGAGGCUCAGCAGGCAGCAGGAAAUGUGCUAACAGAUAAAAGGAAAAUGUAA